CUAGUAGGGUUUCCGCCCACAAAAGUUAUCAUUUUGAGAUCUCGCCUUCGUCCCUCCUAAACUGCCACCUUCCAACAUCGACCCUUCCGACGAGCAGCAAAUACCGCCACGAUGUUGAUUCCCAAGGCCGACCGCAAGAAGAUCCACGAGUACCUCUUCCGCGAGGGUGUUCUCGUCGCCCAGAAGGACUUCAACCUUCCCAAGCACCCUGAUAUCGACACCAAGAACCUGUUCGUUAUCAAGGCUCUGCAGUCGCUCAACUCUCGCGGCUAUGUCAAGACCCAGUUCUCUUGGCAAUACUACUACUACACCCUGACCCCCGAGGGUCUCGACUACCUUCGCGAAUGGCUUCACCUCCCCGCUGAGAUUGUUCCCGCUACCCACAUUAAGCAACAACGAUCGCACGCUCCUCCCCGUGGCAUGCUCGGCGAGGGUGAGCGCGAGCGACGACCUUUCGGCCGCGGCCGUGGUGGUGACCGAGGUGACCGUGAGGGUGGAUACCGACGAAGGGAUGCUGGCGAGGGCAAGGAGGGUGGUGCUCCCGGCGAGUUCGCUCCUCAGUUCCGUGGUGGUUUUGGCCGUGGACGUGGCGCUGCUCCCCCUUCUUAAACGAACCCAUUUCCUUUAGGUGGUCACGAAUGAGAUGCAUUUCGAAGGGUAUCGGCAUGUACUCAUAAAAAAUGGAGGGCAAUUUCUACCAUGGGUUUCGCUCGUGUGACUGGGUUGCGUUGCGUGGGGGACACCGUGGGAGUUUGAGGGUUUUAGAACCUCGGAAUCAUUUGCAUCAGGGUCAAUGUUUGCCGCCGUCAAAACGAGAUAAUUGCUCGGGAGAUUCGUGAAGACGUCAAUCUUUUCAGUGAUGUGAGACGAGACCUCUAUGUUUAUGCCAAACGCCCACCGAGGCACGUCUGAAUGAACGAUCCGUGCCGCCAAUCCGAACUCCUGCUCUGCCGUGUAAUUGAUUGUGAUCUCGUGGCUAUUUGAAAUCUUGAUCUAGCUCUGAUGACUCGGAAGGGUUUCCCACGGAUGUGCCGUACUCAAUGCUGGACUGAGGAUCUUAUGCCUUAUGCAUAGCGUACUAUAAUAGGCCUGGGAUUGUUCUUGGAGGAAAAACUGAACGGAUCUCUUAGAUAUGAGACAAAUCAAUGGAUACGUCAGUGAUAUUAAAUCUGUUAUUGGGCAGUCUCAGCCAACUAUCCAACUACCAGCAUGUCACAGGAUCAUGAAUGAAACCAAGUAAUGAGAACUUGGUCUCUGGUCACUAAGAUUUGUCAAUAUACCUACCUAGCUUGGAAGGUCUACGUAUCAACGCAAGCCUUUGAUUAGCGAGGUAUCUGGUAGGAGGUAACUCUACUGAUCUAAAUACCUUCUUCUUGUGGUGCGUUCAGUUGUCAUUGUCAUUGCUCGACGUAUUUCCUAUGUUUGCAGCAAGGGGCCAAGACGGUUAGGGUAAGCUACUAGAUACAAUGAA